CUGAUCACAACAGUACCUUCCAAAUUAUUUCGUCGGCCCUCUGACAAUAACAUCUUAUAUUAACUGGCAAUAGAUCUCGUGUAUAAAUCUACUCAUUUAUUCCAUUUCCUUGCACAAACGUGUGGCUUAUAUAGCCUUUUAUAGAUCGAUCAGGUCCUUUGCCCCGGUUGCCCUCCUUUAUAGGCCUCAACUUCCGUUACCAAUAUUCCUGCAUCUUGAUCAUUCUGGCAUAUGUCUAAUUCAUCACUUCCAGUUCCAGCAUAACCUCGAGAAAACCGGUAAACAUGCCUCAGCAACUCCCUGUCUCCACCCUGGCGGCGACGACAACAAGCAGUCCAGACCCAAAGAAGCUGACCCUCAUACCACUCAUCUUUAUCAUCUACUUUGAAGUGGCCGGUGGCCCUUAUGGAGAGGAACCUGCGGUGAAAGCAGCAGGACCCCUCUUCGCCAUUCUCGGUUUCCUCAUCUUCCCCUUCAUAUGGAGUAUCCCAGAGGCCCUUAUCACCGCUGAGCUCUCCACCGCCUUUCCUGGCAACGGUGGCUUUGUCAUAUGGGCUGAGCGUGCCUUUGGUCCUUUCUGGGGAUCUCUCAUGGGAACAUUGAAGUUCCUCAGUGGUGUCAUCAACAUCGCUGCCUUCCCAGUUCUUUGUAUAGACUACCUGAAGCGAUUAAUCCCUGCUUUGGAAUCUGGCCUUCCUAGGUACCUUUCAAUCUUGGGCUCAACUUUAGGCCUUUCCUUUCUUAAUUACACUGGUUUGACAAUCGUUGGAUAUGCUGCUGUGGCACUUGCUGUUGUUUCACUUUUGCCUUUUAUAUUGAUGACCUUGAUUGCACUCCCCAAGAUUCGGCCUCAUAGAUGGAUCAGUUUGGGGCAGAAAGGUGUGAAAAAAGAUUGGAACUUGUUUUUCAACACUCUUUUCUGGAACUUGAAUUUCUGGGAUAAUGUCAGCACUCUAGCCGGAGAAGUUGAUAAGCCCCAGAAAACAUAUCCGAAGGCUCUUUUCGUUGCGGUGAUUUUCACUUGCCUGGCAUAUCUGUUUCCACUUUUGGCCGUGACAGGAUCUCUCUCCGUGAACCAAAGCGAAUGGGAAUCCGGGUUUAUGGCCAUAGCUGCAGAAAUGAUUGCCGGGAAAUGGCUGAAGAUCUUUCUUGAAGUUGGUGCUGUGUUAUCAGCAAUUGGGCUAUACGAAGCACAACUAAGCAGCAGUGCUUUCCAACUUCUGGGUAUGGCGGAUAUAGGAUCUUUGCCCAAGUUUUUUGGUUUGAGGUCUAAAUGGUUCAACACCCCUUGGGUUGGGAUUUUGUUGUCAACUCUGAUUUCACUGGGGGUUUCAUAUAUGGAUUUCACAGACAUCAUAUCCUCAGCCAAUUUCCUGUAUUCCUUGAGCAUGUUGUUAGAGUUCGCUUCGUUUAUUUGGUUGAGAAGGAAAUUGCCAACGUUGAAGCGACCAUACCGGGUUCCAUUGAGGUUGCCGGGGCUGGUGCUCAUGUGCUUGAUACCAUCUGGGUUUCUUAUAGUUAUAAUGGCUAUUGCUACAAAGACUGUUUAUUUAGUGAGUGGAAUAAUGACUGUUGCUGGGGUAGGCUGGUACUACUUGAUGAAACUCUGCAAGUCAAAAAAGUUGUUUCAGUUCAACAUUGGUGGGGAAGAAAUUGGGUUUGAAGAAAAUGACCAGGAGGGGGAUGUUACUCAUUUAUGACCUUUGACAUGUCAAUUAAACAGACAUGAAAUAUCUGUAUCUGUGGAAUUUGAAGCUUUUUUGUCCUGGGCAAGGAAGUUCAUGUUGGCGUGGGGGCACUCGGCUUUGAGAUCCACAACUGAAUGGUCCUACUUGCAGAUUAUAUGUAAAGAAGACUAGUCUCUUUCACAACUGUAAUUGUUAUAAUCUCUUGCUCCGUUUGCAGUUAUUUCUGUAAGCUAAUAUUUAUGGGAAAUCAAUUUUCUGAUUGCUUUA